GCUACCGGAUUCUGUGUCCGGGCGGGCGGGAGGGGUGCGGUGGUCCCUCCAGCUGUCACCCGCGGGUCUUGGCCUGACCAUCCACUCUCUCCUUUCCCCUACGGUGCCCGGGUCCUGCGCCUCCUCCUCCCCGCUACGCGAGAGUCAUGAGUCUCCCGGAGCAGCAGCAGCCGCUGCCCCCGCAGGACCUGGCCCCGCUGGAGCCGCCGGCCCUCGGCCGGGGCUUGGGGCCGCCCGCAGUGAGUUCAGGUGAUGCUUCUCCAGAUGAAGGGCUAAUGGAAGACUUGACUGUUGAAAAUAAAGCUCUGGAGCAGCUGGCACAAGGAUUACUUUCUCAUUAUUUGCCAGACUUGGAGCGAUCAAAGCAAGCCCUACAGGAACUCACACAGAACCAAGUGGUAUUACUAGAUACAUUAGAGCAAGAGAUUUCAAAAUUCAAAGAAUGUCAUUCUAUUUUGGAUAUUAAUGCUUUGUUUACAGAAGCUAAAUACUAUCACAACAAGUUAGUGAAUAUAAGAAAAGAGAUGCUGAUGCUUCAUGAAAAGACAUCAAAGUUGAAAAAAAGAGCACUUAAGCUCCAACAAAAGAGACAGAAAGAAGAGUUGGAACGGGAACAGCAACGAGAAAAAGAAUUUGAAAGGGAGAAGCAGUUAACAGCUAAACCAGCUAAAAGGACAUAAAAAAACUAAUCGGCACUCAUCUUGUCAAUGUAUAUAUGUUUAUUUUUAUAUGUAUAUAUUUAUGAGUGUGUACAUAUUUUUUUCUUUCCCCUAUUCCAUAUUCUUUGGAUUUAAGAGAGCUUCAUUGGUAGGGUCAUUUUGAUGUAGUGCCUUAUGCCACUGUUCAGAAUUCUAAUGUGCUUUGCACUUACCGAAUUGCCAUGUUUUCAUUCUAACCAUUUAGGAUGCCAUGUUUUUCAUUGGUUGUCAAAAUGUAAAUCUGUUUUAAAAUUAUAUGAUAUUUAACUUUUUUUUUAAACUUUGCUUUUCUCGUACUUUUAAAAAUCAACUGGAUUUUUGCCUUGAUACAGCUAAUGAUGAAUGGUUUGAUUUCAUUCAUUUGACACAUAUUAAAAGCACUUAGUUUGUACAGUGCCCUUGGGGUUGAAAGAAUAGUUAAGGUUCUGUUACUGAACACAUACAAAAUUUUAAAUGUUUGUUUAUUGGAAUGCUUUGCUCUUUUUUGAGCCAUACAAAGAUGACUUUUGAUUCUCUGCCCUAUGAUUAAAUUGAGGGGGGCUCUUCUGUUGAUUUUGUUAAGACAGAACUCUAAAGAUGCUACCAUGCCAACUACCUAACAAUACAUGCCACUGGCAGGAGGUGCAUUGUAUAUAGCCUACAUAAGUGUGUAGGAAAUUUGGCAUGGGAAAAAAUGACAUAGAAUUAGUGGCAUCUUGGACGUAGGAAAAUGAGCAAAAGAGAAAGUUGUCUUUACAGAAUGGAGACCACGUAGUUUUUCUUUUCCUGCCAUUUUUAAGCCUUUUAUCCUUACGACAUCAGCGUCUUAAUGUGCUUUAAAUUGGACUAGAUCUGUAAGCUGGUAUUAUAGGGCUACUGUGGUACUCUAUGACCAUUGACCCUUCUUUACUUGAACAUUUAUGACAUAGAGUAACAGUUUUGAAGCACUGAAAUGAUAUUCAAGUAGAUAGGGAUGCUUAAGCCCCAUUUCUUGAUUUGCCAGUGUGGUCUCUAGCUCUGUCUUGUGACUUUGUCUCAUUAGGGGUUAUCUUAUCAUUCCAUACUUUGCUUCAUUUAUAAAAUGAAAAUGAUGUGUUGCCUACCCAUUUUAUAGUGAUAUUAAUGGAUUGGAGAGGGUUGGUAAAGAAAGUACCAAAAAGAAAGACACACACCAUUGUGAAACUUAGCCUUUUUCAGAAAUUUUUUGAAUACACGCAGGAAAAUAUUAUGUGGGGGAAAAUUAUAGUUUCACUCUCUAAAAUCCAGUGUGCAUAUCCCAUUUUUAAUGUUAAGGGGUAUUUACCAGUUGUCUAAUCUCUAUCAUAUAGAGAGAAUGAGCAGAAAACUAGGAGGGUAUAUGAUUUGAAUGUAUAUCUUUUCUAAUUCACGUUACAAUUUGCAGAUAUCUUUUUAUUAAGCUAGAAUCUACCUCUGAUCACAUAUCAGGCUAAUACAGAAGAAUAGGAAAAUAUUUGAUUUUGGAAGAAUACAAAAAAAAAUAGGUCCAUUAACACACUUGGGUUCUUUUUCUUCUUCUCAAGUGAAUGAUUAAUCAUAGUACACACCCAUCUGACUUUGACUUUAGACUUAUGAAUGUUGGUUUCACGUGGCCAGAUGUUGAGAUCUAUACACUGAAAUUGCCUGGGCAGGAUUUCAAUAAAUUAAACAUUUGAAGGAGCAGUAUCACAAAACUUUCUGUGUAUAAAAAUUGGUUUAAUUUGGUGGAGUUGAGUGGUCUAAGUUAUUGAGCUCGUUUAAAAUUAUUACAUAUCCCAUUGUUGUGUGAUCAGUUCUGUCACCUGAUUUUUUUUUUAAGAAAGGCUUUAAGACUGAACUCUUAACAGGCAGUAAAUAUCUUGAGAAUUGUGGGUUAUACGAGUAGUUCAUUUAAUUAGCAAUAUUAAAGUAGAUGAUGAGCUUGGUAUGUAUAAGGCACUUAAUGGUUUAAUUUUUUGCAUUUUAAUAACUUAAGAGUAGCAAGUUGAAAAGCUGAUCUAUAAGUAACCAACCAUUUUUAGAUCAGGUUGUAAGUUUUAAAAUGCAGUUAUUUAGUAAUUGAAACACAGCCUACAGACUUAACUUUUUCAAAAUUUUUUAUAUAGUUCUUGAACUGUAUAUAAGAACAUGGGUGUAUAAGAAGUUGAAAGUUACUAACAGAAAUUAAUUUGGUACUGUAUUGAGCACAAAACCAAUAAAGAAGUAAUGGCUUGGUCCUUAGGAUCUUUCCAUAUUCUACUUUAAAAAAGAAAUCACUGCCUUUAUUUUGAAACUAUAUCACGUAUGUACUGAGGAUUAUUUCGCUUUAACUUGUGACAUUUUAAAAAUGCUGACUUUGUAGCAGAUCUCCUAGUUUAUUGCGGACAUUGAAUGUAAUUCAAGUUGUGCAGGUACUGAGCUUUUUCUGAUAAAUGUUGUCAAAAGUUAUUCCAGGUGUACUGUCUGUUCCUUCAUACAUUAGUCUGGUUUUGGAGCUUGUAAAACAAGGAAUAUUUUUUACAUGUUUAAUAAAAAGUGGCUUAUGAUGAAAUUU